AUGGACGAUAAUAUGAAGCUUAGACAAAUGGAAGAUGAAAUGAUAACUACAUAUAAUGCGUAUUUCAUAAAAUUUUAUGCGAAUCGUUGUCAAAGUUUAUUUUAUAUUUGUAGCUUCGAAGCUGAAAUUGGUGGUCAGAUCGUACCUCCAAUAACAAGGACAGUAAUUGGAGCUAAUACAUACAACCAAGUAGCGAGACAACUGGAACAACAUGACAUGCCAUCUCCUGUUGUAGCUGCAGCAGCUGCAUCUCUAGCAUUUCCACCAAUAUGCUUUCCACCACCACCACCACCACCUCCACCACCAACUCCUUUAAUGAUUCCAGCUCAAGUUUCCAGACAAAGCUCAGUUCCGAUAACAACAUAUUCUUCGCCAGCGCAAAUAAGCACACCUUAUAUUUCAAAUAUGGUAGAUCCAAUAUUAAGUGCUACUCCUAAAAAUUACGAAUCGACACCUGCAACUCCGUUAAUCCAUCCUGAAAUUAUUGAACAAAUCAUCAAUACAAAAAUACCAGAUGAUGAUUCCAAGAAGAAACCAAAAGUAAAAGGUGUAAGUACAGCAGCAGAAUUAGCAAUUAGUCAAGGAAAGGCUAGUUCAAUCAUGGCUAAUGCCAAUGCUGAAGAAUCACAUCCAAAGGGCAAAGGAAAAAAAAAUAAAAAAAUAAUUAGAAUGGCAGGUGGACAAACUUGGGAAGAUCCUUCAUUGCUGGAAUGGGAUGAUGACGAUUUCAGAAUAUUUUGUGGCGAUCUGGGAAAUGACGUCACAGACGAGAUGCUUGUUCGUGUGUUUGGCAAGUAUCCCAGCUUUCAGAAAGCGAAGGUCGUGCGAGACAAACGAACCAACAAAACUAAGGGCUUUGGCUUUGUGUCUUUCAAAGAUCCUCAAGACUUUAUUAAAGCAAUGAAGGAAAUGAACGGGAGAUACGUUGGGUCUCGUCCAAUUAAGUUACGUAAAAGUAGUUGGAAGCAACGUAAUUUGGAUUCUGUACGAAAGAAGGAAAAAGAAAAGCAGGCAUUAAUUGGUCUGUUAACCGGAAGAUAGAGCUUUAGCAUUGAAAUUUCUGUGAAAAGAAAGUAAAAUUAUUCAACAACAUUGACAAGAUUUUUUGUUAAUAAUCGUCUUAGUGACAAUAUAUUAAGUGAGUUAAAUUACAGAAUUAUUUUGUGCAGAAUUUGUGCGAUAAUUAGAAUACUUUGUGCAGGGUUAUAUGUUACAGAAAAAACCAAGAGACGAUAAUGAUGGUAAUGUCUAUAAUGUACAUACUUGGGAAAAUAAUAUUGGACGUGAAUCAAACAUCAUUUACUAAGUAAAAGUAAGUAAAUUAAAUCUCGUCGACUACAUCUUGUAGUUUAUUGAAGCAUUUUGUAUGAUAUAUUAA